AUGGAACCAGAGGAAGCUACUCCCGACAGCAACGCCAACAAGCAGACUAUCUACGUAAUAGUUGAGUACAAGACAGCAGCCCCCUCAGUUGAAAACAACAGACCAUACACUUUACUCAGCGCCAUAAACUACAACCGAACUGGCUCAAUGCUCACACUGCCCGUUCCCGAACUCCAAACACAACUUCAGCAACACUUUUUCCAUGAUCAUUACCACAAAUCUACCUUUGAGAUCUAUUCGCUAAACAACCAGGUCGUGUCUUCAGGAUUUUCGGCGACAGACCAUCUCAAUAUCGCUAUGGUCGCUUGGCAAGAUCCCCCGGACUAUCGCUACGGACCAGCGGUGGUGAAGGGAGCCGUGAAGAACGAGGCUACGGCCAGGGCGCAUGUGUGGGCGCUUGUUAAUAAAGUGUUGGGGCCACAUUCUAAGGCUUCUCAAGGGUCAGACGGCUAUGUCAGGGUGAUGGUGGAUGGGCAGAAUGGCGAGCCCCCGAUGAUGUUGCAUUGGCGUGUUGAGAAGCUGAAGUAUGAUCCGAGCAGUGUGGUGGUGGAGCAGGUUAUGUAUUUGCCUGUCUAG